AUGGAUUUGAUCGCAGAAGCUGCAGGCAGCGUGGACGCCGCAACCGCUCUCGGCGGCACAGCUCUGACCCUCGCUGCAGCAGCCUACACAAACGCAAAGUUUGGCAUCAAGACCGACAUCGACAGUCUCCGGGAUGAGCGCGCCUUUGGAACCCUUUUGGGCCAGCGUAUUGCUCAGAUGGGCGAUACUUGCACUGUCUACAAGCUGCUGGAGCGGGUGAUUGAAGUGGAUGGCAAGGGUGCUGCUGAUGCGCUGUGGUUUGAGAAUAAGACCUGGAGUUAUAGCCAAGUCAAGGAUUUGGCUGAUCGCUUCGCGGCCCAUCUCCAUGCUCGUGGCAUAAGGCCUGGUGAUUUCGUCGCCAUCUUCACCACCAACUCGCCAGAGAUGGUAUUCACAGUCUACGCACUGGCCAAGCUCGGUGCUGUUGCGGCCAUGAUCAACACGAGUCUGAGAGACGACACAUUUCAACACUGUCUCACAAUUUCAGCAUCCAAACUUGUUAUUUCAACCCUCGACCUUGCCGAGCACGUCAAGUCGGAUCUUCCAAAAAUCUCACUCAACAUUUCUUCGUUUGACAAUAUUACUCCCCCACCAUCAUCCGAGCAGGAAUAUAUCGAUCUUAACGCAUUGCAACAGAUUCCCGCCUCGGUUGUCUCAAGCAUAAAACCGGCAAAACGCAAAGUCUCGGAUCCUGCAGUUCUCAUCUACACAUCAGGAACAACCGGAAACCCCAAAGCUUGUUCCAUUCUAAACAAUAUGCUUAUGGUAGCAUCUAAUCCUGGGGCCAAGGAUAUGAGGAACGCCCAAAAAUAUUUUCCUUUGCGAAUAUACUCCUCAUUACCACUAUUCCAUGGAACCGCAUUCUUUGGAGGUUUCUGCUAUUCAGUUGGAACUGGCGGCACACUUUGCCUCAGACGAAAAUUUUCUGCCUCAAAGUUCUGGAAAGACGUCCAUGAAUCCAAGGCAAAUCGCAUUCUAUACAUUGGCGAACUUUGCAGGUAUCUUUUAGCAUCGCCUCCCUCGCCCUAUGACCAGAAACAUCAAUGUCAGGUUGCAUACGGAAACGGUCUGCGAGGGGACAUUUGGGAGAAAUUCCGGGACCGCUUCAAUGUUGAUGAAAUCCGGGAGAUAUAUCGCUCCACUGAAGGUGUAGCACGCUUCGACAAUUUCUAUGGCGGUGCUUGGGCAGCCGGGGCUGUGGGGUUUUUUGGCCCUAUUAGACAGUACUUUGAACAAGAUACAUAUCUUGUCAAGUACGACAAUGAAACAGAAAUGCCCUAUCGGGAUCCCAAGACGGGAUUCUGUGUAAAGGCCAAGACUGGCGAAGAAGGUGAAGCUAUUGGCCGUGUGCGCAACCGUCAGACACUAACGGAGUAUCUCAACAACAACGAUGCCACAGAGAAGAAACUCAUUCGCGACGUGUUUGAAAAGGGAGACUUGUUUCAGCGCAUGGGCGACCUUCUCGUCCGUGAUCAAGAUGGGUGGAUCCGGUUUGGGGACCGUGUUGGCGAGACAUUUCGCUGGAAAGGCGAGAACGUAUCCGCUGGAGAGGUGCGAGAUCAUAUUUGCAAGAUCGACAAUGUGCAGGAUGCUGUUGUCUACGGAGUGAAACUAGACAACUACGAUGGCAAAGCAGGUGCUGCAAGCAUCACUCUUACCCGCCGAACACCCGAAACAGAAGCAAAGCAUAUCAAAAAUCUCUACUCGGCGCUGAAAUCCAAGGGUGUCCCCUCGUAUGCCUUGCCGAGACUUGUCAGGAUCACCAGCGAGGUGGCCACUGGAGUCACAUUCAAACAAGCCAAGGGCGACCUAUCCAAACGCGGCUGGAACCCGAACAAAGACUGGGAAGACGAUACCUUGUACUGGCUAAACCCCAGGGGCAAACGCCGCGGGCCUAGCUAUGAGAAACUUGAAGCAGACAGCUGGGCGGCGAUUGAAACCGGUAGUGCUAAGCUUUGA